GCUUCUUCGCCUGCUUGCUGUGUGAGACUGAUUAACUGCUUGAUCCUUGGACUUCCAUUCACAGCUGCGACUGAACCAUUGUUGGGAAUUGGGCUGCUGACUAUUCAUCAGGAUGAGCUUCCAGGAUCCACCCACACUCCUGAGCUUGGCAGUACAGAGCCUAGUGAAGAAUGAAGCCUUGGCCAUCAAUGCUCUGCAGGAGCUGCCCAGGGAGUUGUUCCCACCACUCUUCAAGGCAGCCUUCACUGGCAGACACACGAAGAUACUGAAGGAAAUGGUGGGAUCCUGGCCUUUACUUUGCCUCCCUGUGGGGGCACUGAUGAAUGUCCCUGACAUGUCAAUAUUGCAAGCUGUGCUGGAUGGUGUAGACAUGCAGCUGACAGGAAAUUUUCACCCAAGAAAGAGGAAGCUUCAAGUGCUGGACCUGAGAAAUGUGCACCAUCACUUCUGGGAUGUUUCAGCUGGACCAGAGGAUGGAGACGGCUCAGCAGAGACAGUGUGUCAAAAGCAGAAAGCAACACGCCCUCAUAGAUAUGCACUGAGGCGACGUUUAAAGGUGGUCACUGACCUUUGCCUUCAGUUUGAUCUAGAGGAACAUCAAACUUACUUCUUGCAGUGGGCACAGGAGAGAAGAUGUUCCCUGAACCUGUGCUGUGUGAAGAUGCAAAUUAGGGAAUUGCCUAUUCACACUGUCAGGAAGAUCUUGCAGAUUUUCCAACCAUAUUGCAUUGAAGAGUUGGAAUUGAAUACAGGCUGGACUCUGUCCACACUGGCAUGCUUCACACCUUGCCUUGGUCAGAUGAAGAAUCUUCGUAAACUCCAUCUAACACUAGUCCACGAGAAACUCUUCACUUUUCUACGUACGUCAACAGACAUACAGGAGAAGAGUGUCACCAAGUUCAUUUCUCAGUUCUCCAAACUCAACAGUCUCCAGCAUCUCAACCUGACUGGCCUCUACUUUCUCACUGGCCACAUAAAUGAAUUGCUCGGGUGUCUGAAGACUCCGCUGGAGUUCCUGUCAAUUGCUCUCUGCAAGUACUCACAGUCAGACAUGGAGUCCUUUGCCCAGUGUCAGAGUCUCCAUCAUCUCAAACACUUGCAUUUGGCAGGUAUCAUUUUGCAUGAUCUGAGUCUUGUGCCUCUUGGGAUUUUCCUAGAAAACGUUGCAAACACUCUGAAGACCUUGGAACUAGAACAUUGUAGGAUGACAGACUCUCAGGUCAGCGCUUUUAUCCCUGCCCUGAAUAAGUGCUCUCAGCUCAUCGAGGUCAACUUCUGUGACAAUGACAUCUCCACGUCUGUCCUAAUGAACCUUCUGCAUCACACAGCCAACCUAAGCCAGCUGAUCAUGGAGCUUUAUCCUGCUCCUCUGGAGUGCUAUGAAACCGGUUUUGUUCUUAGAGCAGAGAGAUUUGUCCAGCUUUCUUCUGAGCUCAUGAACAUACUUUGCACUGUUAGGCAGCCCCACUCUAUCUGUUUUGCCUCUCAGUUAUGCCUUAUAUGUUCACAGCGCUGUACAUAUGGUCUGGAGACCAGACUUUGCCAUUGUUGCCAGUAAAUAGGAGGAGGAUUCGUUUGGUAACUGAGAAAUGAAAGUCUAAGGACAAGUCUAUGAUCAAGGGGUUCCUGAACACAUGUCUUCUGACAUUGAUCAUUGUAUUGGAGACAAAGGGGCUGACUGUGACAUCUAGAGAGUGGACGUGUGAGGAGAAAUGACUAAUGGAAUCAUAUAGUUGUGCAUUUCAAAACGUGGAUUUGUCCAGGAAUAGAUGGGAACGGUGUGUUCUCUCUCUAAAGGAUAUUCUUCCAGUCUUUCUUUCUACUUAACAGUGUCAUAUUAGCCCAUGCUGGACUUGAACUCAUGCUUUUCUCUUCUCCAUGAUUGCUGAAGUCACUGAUAAAUGCCACCAUGCUCAGCUUGCAUGCAAGCAACCUCACUGGAGGAUGCUAUUCAUUAGGGCUCCCAAGCUCUGUUGGCCACCUAUAUAUAAAGAUCUCUAGGAGAUAGACAAGUCUCUGUCCUCCCCUGAAGGAUUGCAUUAUAAAUGUCCAGUGGGGAACUCUAUUUUGUUCCUGAUUCCUGGACCUAGCCAUUGUGUUUCUUUGUGUCUGAAUAAUCAUGUAGCAAUAAACAAUAAUAACAAUAAUACCA